AUGUCGACGCGUUCGCCCAGCUGCACCCCCUUCCCUCUCUCCCUCCUCCUCUCAUUCUCCCCCUUUGCCGCAGUCGCAGCAACAGCAGCCGGAUCAGCAGCAGCAGCAGCAGCAGCAGCAGCAGCAGCAGCAGCAGCAGCAGCAGCAGCAGCAGCAGCAGCAGCAGCAGCAGCAGCAGCAGCAGCAGCAGCAGCAGCAGCAGCAGCAGCAGCAGCAGCAGUAUUAGCAGCAGCAGGGGCAGCAGCAAAGGCAGCAGCAGCAGCAGCUGCAGAGGCAGUAGCAGCAGCAGCCGGGGCAGCAACAGACGGGGCAGCAGCGACUGCAGCAACUGGGACAACAGCAGCAGCAACAGCAAAUGGGGCAGCAACAGCAGCAGCAGCAGCAGCAGCCGGAGCAGUAGCUGCAGCCGCAGCCGGGACAGCAGUAGCAGUAGCAGCAGCAGCUACGACAGCACCACCACCAGCAGCAGAAACAACGCGCAACUUCUCGCUCCUCCCCUUUUCUCCUCCCUCGAAUGCACACCCGCUCCCUGGGUCGUAUCCUUGGUAUCCCUCCUCCUACCUCCAUUCAGCACCUUGA